UAAAAUGUUUAAUGUGUUAACGGGUUUAGGAUUAAUUGACAAUAUUAACACGGUUUCUAUUUUACGCGCAUGGAUAAAAUAACUACGCGAAAAGCCGCGUGCAUUGGCUGUGACGUAGCACGUGAACAGCCAGCCAGUAAACAAUAUGUGAAACCAUGUGCUUUUUGAUAGAUUUGUUUACAUUAGCGCUUUGAUCAAUGGCUUACCAACCGUUUAUGUUUGAGCCCGAACGUUCCGAACAUGAUAGUGAGUCGGACUUCGACAUAGGAUUAUCUUCAGGCGAUAAAUUGGAAGAAAAUGUCGAAAAUAUUGCGCGAUUGGGAAACCGAGAUUGGUGUUUGUGUGGCAACUGCAGACCAAUGGACACGGUAAAAGAAAGUAUCUGUUGUUUAGAAGUAGACCAAAUCGGCGACAAAAUGCAAACCACCAACUUGCAGUGCAUUCUAGAACAUUAUGAUUUCCCGAUUAUAUGUUUGUAUCCAGAAGUGCUCAGGACAGCCCUCGUAGCCAGAGCCGACAUACGACGCGAUGACUACACAGAACCAGUACCAAAUAGGCUGUGGCGAGAUCGUCAGGAUUUUCUCAGUGUAGCAUUUUUAUGUUGGUGAAGUUGUCACACGUUACUACGCAACUAUUUGUCAUAAGUGCACACUUUGAUGUUCAAUUUGGUAUAAUAAAUAUAUGAACAAGA